GAAGUGUCGCUGAUGUUUCUAGUGACUUGGCAUUUCCUGACUCUCUCUUUACACAACGCUUUUUUUUUUUAAAGUCACUUUCUUGUUUUGCUGCUUUCCGCGCUCACGUUCUCCCUCCCCCGCCCCUUCCCGGAGCAUCGCCGACCUUCGCUGGGGCCGCACACGCUGCCAGCGGCUCUGCUCUCGGCACGUCGCCUGCAUGCUAGAUUUGGCUUAGCCCUUGGCUGAUGAUGGAGCUGCCAGGCUGUCAGAUGGGAUCUCCGGCCGUUGCCUGCCAGGAGACAGAGGGACUAAAGACCUGCUUCCUGGCUUCCGGGACACCAGGAUUUAGAUGGGAGCUAAGGCCCAGCCCAUUGGUCUGCCUGCUGCGAACUCCACCCACCCAGACUGGGCAUGAAAGCCCCGGCAGGUCUCCUCGCCCCAGAGCUGUGACUGUCAGGAGAGAAGCUGCUGCCUCUGCCUGCAAUGACUCUGCCUUAUCGGCCUAUCUCUUCUAUAGAACUAUGAAAGACUUGACCUACCUGCAGCAGUGGCUGGAGACGUUUGUCAUGAACUUUGAAAAGAUCAUCGCGGUACAGUCUUUGGACCCGAGGAGGCCAGAAGAUUCAGUCUCUGAGAUCCCGCUGCUCCCACGCGACGUCCUGCACGUGCUGAGCCAACAGCUGGCGCACUGCGUGGCCCAGAUGGCCCGCGAGGAGGUGGCCGAGGCGGGCCUUGGCCAGGCGCUCCUGCACGUCAAGUUCUUUAUCAUCAUCUGCAGGAAUUUAGAAAAUGUCCAAGCUGACAGGACGCCAGUUUUUAUCCACGAGGUGCUUAGCUUGCUGUUUGCAUGUACAGCCAAGCUAAAGAACACCCCGGAGCAGUGUGCCCCCAGCAGGUCUCAGCUAGAGACCGUAACCAUCUAUGCAUUGCACCUCUAUGAAUGCCUCUUCGACCCCUACCAGACGUGGAGGAGGCAGCUGAGUGGGGAAAUUGUCAGCAUGAAAGAGAAGAGCAAAUACAAGUUUGCACCAGCUGCUUUGCCUCUAGAGUUCAGCACUUUCUUCCAAGGGAGCUUCCAGGAUGAAGGGCAGCUUCCUGAGGCUCUCCAGCUGCGACUCAUCCACCUCUUUGGAGCCAUUAUCUCUGGAGCCAAGCAAAACGCCCUGCAGGUGAUCACGCCGGCCUCCGUUGAGGCCCUCAUGCUGGUGCUCAGACAGUGGUGCUCCCCACGGAAUGGAGACACCAAGGACCCCAAGCUGCUGCAGCUGACCUUGAAGAGCCUGGUGGGAAUGAUUCACAUCCUGCACGCCAGCAGCCCGGGCCAGCGCAAGGUGGAGAUCAGGACCAUCUUGGACAGCUACUUCAAGGUCCUCAACUCAGAUCAGCCCAUGGCCUCUCUGGAAGGCUCGCCGGCCACUCGCUGGGAGGAGGGGAUGAUUGCUCUCAGGGUGAACAUGCUGGAUGCAAUUCCGGAAAUGCUGAAUUGUGGCGACCGGCCAGUCCUGCAAGCCAUGUUCCUCAGCAACAACUGCUUCGAACACAUCAUCCGGCUGAUCCAGAACAGCAAGCUCUACGUGAGCGGGGCGCGUAAAGCGGAUGAGACGGGGAGCGAGCUCGCCGCACGCUUACUGACCGAGAGCGAUGUCCAGAAGGUGUUCGACAGCAGUUCCGACGCCAUCACGGUUCAUGCCAUCAGAGUGCUCACCUCCAUCAUGAGCAAUUCGCCGUCGGCCAAGGAGGUGUUCAAAGAAAGGAUCGGCUACUCCCACUUGUACGAAGUUUUCAGGAGCCAGAGCCAACCCACCGCCCACCUGCUUGAGGAGCUUCUGAACAUGGCAGUAGAAGGAGACCACAGCGCCUUCCCCGUCCGACUCAUCCGCAAUGAGCAGCCGUUGCUGAUGCUCAUCGCGUGGCUCCCUGAGUUGAAGUCACGGGACCUGCAGGUGUUCCUGUCCGACUGGCUGAAGAGGAUCUGCGACGCUUCCCUGCCGAGCCGCGUGACCUGCGUCAAGGCAGGGAUGGUCAGCUGCCUCCUGGACACCCUGCGCGCUGAGCAGGAGCUGGACCGGAAGUGCUCCAAAAACCUCAUCUACCUUCUGCAGGUGCUGGGCAGCCUCUCCAUCCGGCCGGAGGAGCUCCGCCAGCUCAUCAGGCUGCUAUGGACCGAGCCCGGCAAGGGGCCCCACCCUUAUACCACGCUGGUCAUCCGGGCACUCUCUGGCAUGGCGAGGAAGGACCAGUCUGAGAGGGCACUGCAAUACUUCGACCUGAUGCCAAGCAUGGCUGGAAUUAUGGUGCCGGCCAUCCAGAAAUGGCCCGGGAGUGGCUUUGCCUUCCACGCUUGGGUCUGUCUGAACGAGGAGCCCGAAGGCUUGCCGGAUCUGCCUACGAGGCUGAAGCGGAAACAGCUAUACAGCUUUUUCACGGCCAGCGGCACCGGCUUCGAGGCGUUCUUCACGGCCGAUGGGAUGCUGGUGGUGGCAGUGUGCACCAAGAAGGAGUAUAUGACGGUGGCGCUCCCGGACUUCACCUUCAACGAUUCUGCAUGGCACUGCAUCGACAUCGUCCACGUCACCGGCCGCCGGCCCUUCGGCCAGAACCUGGUCAACAUCUAUACAGACGGGCAGCUGCGGCAGGUGGCUCAGCUGCGCUUUCCCUCCCUCAAUGAGUCGUUCACCUCGUGUUGCAUCGGCUCUGCCGGCCACCGGACGACGACCACCUCCACGGUCUACCCCUCGCCUUCCCACUCGCCGGAGCCAGCCUUCCCCUCUCACCCCUCCCUCAGCCGCUCCCAAUCCUUCCCUGCCUCGUUGGCCACGCACUCCUGGACUCCCGGGGCAGCUCAGCCCCCCAGAGAAGGCCAGGUGUCUACAACAGUAGCAGGGAGUCAGGACACAGAGUGGGGGACCCCUACGUCCCUUGAAGGGCACCUGGGGUCGGUGUCCAUCUUCUGUGAAGCCCUCCAGCAGACCCAGGUCAAAGCACUUUUCUCCUCAGGACCAAACGUUACGUCACCAGUCAAGCCAGAAGGCGACUUCCUGGAGCUCAGCAGCAAGCUGCUCCUCUUCUACACGCCCCAGGCCUGUACAAAUAACAUCUGCCUGGACCUGUCUCCAAACCGUGGUUUUGACGGGAGGCUGACCGGACACAAAGUGGUGAACUGGGAUAUCAAGGACGUUGUGAACUGUGUUGGCGGGAUGGGGGUGCUCCUCCCAUUGCUGGACCAAGUGGCGGCCGAGGGAAAAGAAUCGGAGGACAGCCAGGAAACCCACGACCUGGUUGGGCCAGAGCUGACGUCCUCGCGGAGUCGUCAAGGCAUGCUCAUCCCCCUGAGCAAGUCCUCCGAGGGCAGACUGGAGAAUAAUGGCGUGGCUGCGUUUCUGCUGCUGGUCAAGAACUUUAUCCAGCAUCACCCCGUGAACCAGGAGAGCCUGGUGCAGUGCCACGGGCCGGCAAUCAUUGGAGCUCUGCUGCAGAAGGUCUCCAGCCUCAUGAUGGACAUGAACGUGCUGGUGGCGUUGCAGUCCCUGAUGGAGCAGGUGGCUGCCGAGGGCCACAGCUUCCUGCUACACCUUCUGUACCAGUACCUGCUCUUCGACUUCCGCAUCUGGAGCAAGAGUGACUUCGCUGUCCGGCUAAGUCACAUUCAGCAUUUAUCGAGCACCAUCAAGGACCACAAGCAGAGGAGCCGCAAGAAAUACGGGGUCCAAUACAUCUUGGACUCCAUUCGGACGUACUACGGCACUCAUAAGGAGAAGCCGAUUCCCACGGACGACGUGAAGACGGUGCAGAUGUCCCUGUUCAGCCUGGUGAAGGAUUUCCUCAGCAAGAGCUUCUCUGCCGACGAGAUGCAAAGCGCCCUGAACUACCUGGCUGCGGUGCAUGAUGAACACCAGGUGUGUGGGGUUCUGGAGGUGAUCCAUAGCUUGCUGAAAGAACCGGCCUCCCAGGAGCAGCUCUACGCCUUCCUCUUUGAGUCGGGGAACGUGGAGAUCCUGUUCUCGCUGCUCGUCCAGAGGAAGUUCUCAGACGAAGUACGGGAGAAAGUCUUCAAGGUCCUGUACAAGAUGCUGAAAUACGAGAAGGCCCACGAGCGCAGCAAGUACCGCCUGAAGCUGAAGGACAUCGGCUUCCAAGGGCUCAUAUCAUAUCUGAAUGACAUCCCGGUGUCCAUGCUGCUCUUCCGGUGUCUCCUGGAGCAGGUCCUUGGCUCAGACUCUCCCAGCUACAAGGACCUGAUGGCUGUGGUGUACCUGUCCCACCGGGCGGAGCUGGCAGUCAGGCUGGAUACCUGCCGGAAGCUCUUCCACCUGAUCUACUCCCAGCACGACAUGGUGAGGCAGCUGGCGAAGCUGGCCGGCUGGCAGGACACGCUCACUAAGCUCUACGUCAAGGAGGCUUCUCGGACCACUCCAUCUCCCCGACCGGCGGCUCCAAGCCCUUCCGCUCCUAUAACUUCAAAUCCUUCGACUCCUUGGACCGCACCAGCCACUCCUUCCUCCAACACUAUCGACGUCCCCAGCCAGGGGGAGACCCCCUCCACCGACGCCCACCAGUUCGACGGCGUCUACCACCCGCUCUCGCCCUUCUGCAUGUCGCCCUUUGACCUCGGCCUCGACCUGGCCAGCACCUGCUCUACCGCCACGGUGGAGAGCGGCAACCAGACGCCGGGGAGCUUGCCAGGGACCCCCUCCCCUCUGGAGUACUUCAAACCUUUCCCGGGCACGCGGGCUCGCAAAAGCUCCAGCCUCUCCAACGUCCUGGAUGAAAGCAGCUACCAAGAGACUCUGGCCAGCGAUGACGUCUCCAAUACCAGUAACCCCCAGCAAACGCCGGAGGAGGAGCUGUGCAACCUGCUCACCAACAUCAUCUUCUCGGUGACCUGGCGCGGGGUGGAGGGCUGGGACGACGCGGCCUGGAAGGAGCGCGGGCAGGUCUUCUCCGUCCUCACCAAACUGGGCACAGCCUGCGAGCUGGUGCGGCCGCCGGACGAGAUCAAGCGCAGCCUCCUGGAGAUGAUGUUGGAAUCGGCCCUCACGGACCUCAAGGAGUCGGCCCCAGCCACUUUGCCCAGCCUCACCCAGAACGCGCUCAAGUUGCUGAGGCUCCUCCAGGACUUCCUGUUUUCCGAGGGACACAGCAACCAGGCCCUGUGGAGCGAGAAGAUCUACGAGGGGGUGAACAGCCUGCUGGACAAGCUGGGGGUGUGGUACCACUUGGCCAACGGGACCUCGGACCUGAAGGAGAUGGCUCAGAUCGGCCUGCACAUCCUCAUCGGGUACAGCGGGCUGGAGGAGGCCCAGCUGCACUCGCUGGCCUACGUCAAGCUCCACAGCCUGCUCCAGACGGCCUCGGCCCCCAAGGAGGAGGAGGCCUGCUACCUGCUGGGCAAGCUGGAGAGUCCCCUGAGCCGUGCGCUGCAGCCCAAGUCGGAGGCCUUCUCCUGGCUCCUGCCCAUCAUCCGCACGCUGCUGGACCAGUGCUACGACACGCUGCAGCUACAGCGCCUGCUGCCCUCGCUGCCCCCCACCAACGGCAGCCCCACCUUCUACGAGGACUUCCAGCUCUUCUGCACCACGCCCGAGUGGAGGGCCUUCAUCGAGAAGCACGUACAGCCCAUGAUGGCGCAGUUUGAAAUCGACACGUUCGCCAAGAGCCACGACCACAUGUCCAAUUUCUGGAACUCCUGCUACGAUGCCUUGAUGAGCAGCUCCCUGCGCAGGGAGAGGGAGAAAGAGGAGAGCAGGAAAAAGUUCCAGGAGCUGAUUCUGGAGCCGGUGAUAAAGCGCUCCAAGUACGAACACAUCCGGCACGUGAACGUCCUGAAGCAGGUCAACAACCACCACAGUGUCGUCCUGAAGCAAUGGAAGGCCCUGCGCCGCCUGCUGACCUCGCAGCGCUCUGCCUGGGCUGACCGAAACCCCCCAGAGAUUCACUGGAAGCUGUCGAGUGCCGAGACCUACUCCAGAAUGAGGCUGAAGCUGGUCCCCAACUAUAACUUCGACCGCCACAUGGAGGCUAGCGCCCUCCGGGACAACCUAGGGGCGGAUCAUUCUCACAGCCCUGCGGAGCCUCUGCCGCUGGCCGUGGCCAAGGAGGCGAAAGUGAGCGAGCUGGGGGAUGACCAGCUGGCGGAGGAGGACCUUGAGUUCUUGGACAAUCAGGCUGAACCCAAAGAGCAGAGCCAGAGGGAGAAGCUGGUGAUCUCCGAGGACUGCGAGCUCAUCACCAUCGUGGCGGUGAUCCAGGGCCGGCUGGAGGUCACCACGCAGCACAUCUACUUCUACGACUGCAGCAGCGAGAAGGAGGAGACGGAGGAAGGGAUCGGCUAUGACUUCAAGCGCCCCCUGUCUCAGCUCCGGGAAGUGCACCUCCGCCGUUACAACCUCCGCCGGUCGGCGCUGGAGUUCUUCUUCAUCGACCAGGCCAACUACUUUGUCAACUUCAAGAAGAAGGUUAGAAAUAAGGUGUAUUCCUGUAUUCUCGGCCUGCGCCCACCCAACCAGAUCUACUUCGGCAGCCGGUCGCCCCAGGAGCUGCUGAAGGCCUCAGGACUGACUCAGAAAUGGGUCUACAGGGAGAUCUCCAACUUCGAGUACCUGAUGCAGCUGAACACGAUUGCGGGGCGCACCUACAACGACCUGUCGCAGUACCCCGUGUUCCCUUGGAUCCUGCAGGACUACGUCUCCGAGGCGCUGGACCUGAGCGACCCGGACAUGUUCCGGGAUCUCUCCAAGCCCAUCGGGGUGGCCAACGAGAGACAUGCCAAGGAUGUGAAGGAGAAGUACGAGAGUUUUGAGGACCCCACGGGCAUGAUCGACAAGUUUCACUAUGGCACACACUACUCCAACGCGGCGGGCGUCAUGCACUACAUGAUCCGGACCGAGCCCUUCACCACCCUUCACAUCCAGUUGCAGAGCGGCCGGUUUGACUGCUCAGACCGCCAGUUUCACUCGGUGCCCGCGGCAUGGCAGGCGCGCAUGGAGAACCCGGUGGACGUGAAGGAGCUGAUCCCGGAGUUCUUCUAUUUCACAGACUUCUUGGAGAACCAGAAUGGGUUCGACCUGGGCUGCCUGCAGAUGUCGAACGACCAGGUGAACAAUGUCGUCCUCCCGAAGUGGGCCAGAUCCCCGGAGGAUUUCGUCCACAAGCACAGGAAAGCGCUGGAGUCGGAGCACGUGUCUGCCCACCUCCACGAGUGGAUCGACCUGAUCUUUGGGUACAAGCAGAGGGGCCCGGCCGCCGUGGAGGCUCUCAACGUCUUCUAUUACUGCACGUACGAGGGGGCCGUGGACCUAGACGCCAUCGCCGACGAGACACAGAGGAAGGCUUUGGAAGGCAUCAUCAGCAACUUUGGGCAGACCCCCUGCCAGCUGCUCAAGGAACCUCACCCAGUGCGCCUCUCAGCCGAAACCGCCACCAGGAGGCUGGCCCGGCUCGACACGUAUUCCCCCAAUGUCUUCGAGAACCUCAACCAGCUCAAGUCCUUCUUCGUCGAGGGGAUCAGCGACGGGGUCCCGCUGGUGCAGGCUGUGGUCCCCAAGAACCAGGCCCAUUCCUUCAUCACACAGGGUUCCCCGGACGUGCUGGUCACGGUGAGCGCCAACGGCCUGCUGGGAACCCACGGCUGGCUGCCCUACGACAAAAACAUCUCCAACUACUUCAGCUUCACCAAAGACCCCACCGUCUCCAAUGCCAAAACCCAGCGCUUCCUCUCCGGCCCCUUCGCCCCAGGGGUGGAGGUGUCCUCGAAGACACUGACUGUCUCUCCUGACGGGAAGCUCCUCUUCAGCGGGGGGCACUGGGACAACAGCCUGCGUGUCACGUUGCUGAGCAAAGGGAAGGUUGUCGGGCACAUCACCAGGCACAUAGAUGUGGUCACCUGCCUGGCGCUCGAUCUGUGCGGAAUCUACCUCAUUUCGGGCUCCCGGGAUACCACCUGCAUGGUCUGGCAGGUCCUUCAGCAGGGUGGGUUUUCCAGUGGCCUGGCUCCCAAACCUGUCCAAGUCCUGUACGGUCAUGACGCCGAGGUGACCUGCGUCGCCAUCAGCACCGAGUUGGACAUGGCCGUGUCGGGGUCGAAGGACGGCACCAUCAUCGUCCACACCAUCCGCCGGGGCCAGUUCAUGAAGUCCAUCAAGCCCCCCUCUGAGAGCUCGCUGCCCGCCACUGUCUCGAACCUCGCCGUGGGCCUGGAGGGCCAGAUCAUCGUCCAGACCACCGUGGCGGGGAGAUCCGCCCUGAAGGAUAAAUUUGCCCUGCACCUUUAUUCCGUCAAUGGCAAGCAUCUCUCCUCCGCCCCGCUGGAGGAGCAGGUCACUGCCAUGUGUGUCACCGAGGAGUUUGUGGUGCUGGGGACCAUGCAGUGUUCUCUCCAGAUCUUGGAUCUUCAAAGCCUCCAAGCAGCGGUGUUGCCAAUGCCUAUGAAGGUCCCGGUUCACAGCGUGUCCGUGACCAAGGAGAAGAGCCACAUCCUGGUGGGGCUGGAGGAUGGGAAGCUGAUUGUGGUGGGAGCGGGCCAGCCCUCGGAGGUGCGGAUGGGGCAGUUUCACAGACUGCUGUGGCGUUCCACGCGCCGGAUCUCCCAGGUCUCCUCCGGAGAGACCGAGUACAACCCGCCCGAGUCCAAGUGACAGGCCUGAUGUGAGAUGACCUGUCCCCAGAGCAUUACUGGGCAGAGAUGUCCUGCAGCAGGAGGUCUCUGAGGGGUGGCUGAGGGGGCCGGUCCAGCCACACCACUCAGAUGUGUCUGCACUUCCCCGGGAGCAUGGCGAUCGCUGUGAACCGCGGGAGCACUGGGUCUCUCGACCACUCACUCUCAGAGCGUGCAGAGCUCAGGAUCCCUUUCUGAGCCAGGGGCCUUCACCGGUGACUCUGGUUUGCCGAGCCAGGAUGCGCGUGGGACGAUCUGGUAUCCGCCCCAGCCUAUCCCGUUUCCUGCAGAGCUUGAAGUGGAAAAUGUUUUUGUAUUAUUCUUUGUGACUUUCUUGCUGGACGGAGAGGACGGGAAGCCCACAGCCGGUGCCCCUUGCCGCCCAGCAGGGAAAUGUUGCAAUAGAUGUGAGGCGACGACCGUCGCUGCAUUUUCAGUCCUUCUUGGGUGGCCUUAACCAGACCUUGUUGCACUACGUAGAGAACUUGUACCAAAACCAAGAACUGCUUUCAGCAUGAGGCCGGUCUGCUGCAGAAAAGCUUUAAUGUGAUGAGACUGGCAAGAGCCUGCUCUGUUUUCCUCCCAGAUGUUGAAUUUUGGCGGGCAACAAAUACCAGGGGCCCAGAAAGAUUCCUACUGACCGUCUUGAACCAGCCCCAAAUCCUAGAUGUGUAUAAACCCCCUGCUGGCAAAGAAGGGUGUUCCGCUUUCAUUGGGAUUCUUCCGAAUAUGGUUUGUCUGCCUCUUCCACCAGAGGCACCCAAAUUCAGCGCCUCCCAGGGCCCCAAUCAUUUUCCGGUGGAGCCUCCUAACUUUCCUAUCGAUUUAUACGUUUUUUUUUUUUAAGAAAACAAAAAUAAAUGUGCACAAUCUUAUUGUCUCCCAAGACUCGUCUCUUCCAUGGAGCACGAGCCGGCAUGGCUCAUGGGAUGACUUCACCAGCAAUAAAACCCUGCCGUUGGUUAGCUUUGCCUUCGUCCUGCAGCUCCGGGGCCGUAGCGGAACUCCUUCCUGGCUGCCUCUGGCUGCACGCCGGAUACCCCUGCUUGUAGGGGGAAAGAGAAUUCUUCUCACCCCACCGGGAGAGGGUCAGGCUGCCCUGCAGUCAGCGCAGGUGCAAGAGGUGUGGGGGUUUGCCUCUCGCAAGGAGCGCGGCUCUUAGUAAGGCAGCACGCACCGCCCCUUCCCCAACAGAGCAGCCCUCGAAGCAUGGCAUCUCCAUAAGGGCUCCCGGAGCCAAAGCAGAGCUCUUCCGAAGCUUCGAAGGGCUCGGUCCAAGCCGGUGGAGGUGAAAGCGAGAGGGAUCAUGACAGAAGUGAGAAAGCUCCGGCAAUAGACAUGAAGCAAUACUGGGAUUUUGUCUCUUUCACAGUCUGGGCCCAAUAUUGAUCCCAUCUGCAAAUGCCCCCACUCCAGGAAGGCCCAUCUCUCCCUCCGACACACUGUCUGUUUUUGAUACUGAAGUGGCACACAGUAAAUAGGAAUUCGCCCAGAAGGAGGCUUGUUUUUGCAGCCAACAGCCAACACUUCGCUGCUUUUAACCAACUGGGUGGGUUGGGGGGUGGUCCAGUCCUACAGACUUUCCAUCCCUGGUCAUGGUGAGAUUUGAAACCAAGCUGGCACCUUCUCUGAAGGACUCAGGUUCUGAUCUCUGUAUGACCAAGGCCUUGUUGAUCCAGGGAGGAACAGGGGAGUGGGGGGUUGGGUUAGGCUAGAAGCAGCUGUCUGAGGCUAUUGCACAUUUGUGCCCUGGGCAUCUCCCCAUUCAGACAUAGCUUACAGCUGCAGGGAGCCCAGCAGUCCCUGUGAAAUGGAACAUUCCAUGUUUACGAUGCAGGGCAGUAGCCCAUCACCAGAGCGUCUGGGAGUGAAUGGCCCCCGAACAAGGGGGUGAUGGAUCGGUACUUGUAGGACACGGUUACUGUCACUUAACUGGAAGGAGGAGGGAGCUGCCGUGUUGUUCCCCACAUUUCCUCUCCGAUUUAAAAACUCCCCUUCCGUCAGGUAAGCCAGGGGUGGAAGAGACUGGCAAGGCUUUACUCCUGCCAUGCUCCAGAUGCGUCUGGGCGGAGAGCUAUGGAACCCACAGCCUUUCUGCAUCAUGUUGAUGCUCACAGAGACAAGCGCCCUGGUGUCAUUCAGCUCUCCCUACCCCUGGCGCCAGUGACUGCCCAUCGCUAUUGCAGGCACAGCCCUCCGGGCUGGGCCGGGCUUUGGUUCACAGAGGAAGGGCCGUGACUAGCUUGAAGCCAUAGGGAAUUCCACACCUGACUCCAACCCUGCUUGAACAUCUGGAGAUGUUGGAAUCUUGGGCUGAGCUUCACAACCGGGGCCCCUGUUCUCCGUAAACGGCUGGAUCUGAACUCCCCAGAGAUGGGGGAGGAGAGAUUCGGGUCUGGAUCCAAACCUCAUGGCUUCAGAACCACGUGAAACUUCACAGUCCUAGAGUCAGGAGGGGUUGUAGUGAGGUGGGUUGAAGAGUAGCCUCUGUCCUUUCCCCUCAGCCCCCGAACCCAUUCCCUGGCUCUAGGAAAUGGAUCUCUCCCCCGGCUCCAUAUACUCUAGGUAUGUUACGCCAUGUUACUAAUGCCACAGUGUGGACACAGACUGCUCCCCCAUGUCCAGGGAUUUCUCCUAGAAGUCGCAGGUCCCUGGUGAAGAUCUGUGGGAGGGAGGCAGGGCGGAUGGUGUGAAAAUCAAAGAGAUGGUCAAGGAACAUUAGGAUUUGAGUGCAGUUCUUGACGGGUUGAAAGCCAUGUGCCCUGGGUUGCUAGUCCCCAUCCCAUUCAGCGGAGAUGUACUUUGCUUUUAUUAUUCAUAACGUUGGGUCAUUAAAGCCGCUGUACCAUCCAUCCUCGCAACUUUCUUCCAUCGGUCCUCCAGGGUCCCUUUCCAUCAAACUACAACGGAUGAUGGUUAUAAAUGGUUUGGACCUUCCAUGCCGUUGACACCUCCUGACCAAAAAAGGGAUGGUCACUGUCUUGGGACACUGUAAUUCGGUAGUUUCUUUCCAACAAGGGCUGAGAGGAGAGGACGUGGGUCCGUUGUGGCUCACGCUGGAGGAAACAUCUACUGUAGGCCUGGGACAAUCAGCUGUAGAUGCUGAACUGCAAAUGCUACUAAUAAGGGGAGAGAGGCUCUCUAAAUGCACCGCUUGUUAGCCACUGGACCCUGUUGCGUGCGGAGGCUGCUACUGGUCUGGAGGUGACUUUGUGAUGGGUGGCUGGUUAGAUCACACUUGUGCACUGAACAGUGCCUCAAUUCUCUUCACAAAAGAUUUAAAAAAGCAAGAAGAACCAACACUGGGCAAGAGGCUCAAGCAAUGCUCUCAACUUCAUUCCCUGGGUGAAGAUCAAUGUUUAACCACCGACAGUGCAAUAUUUGCAACUUGUAGAGAAGACUCUUUUUAGCAUGUGUGCUGUAUUGCGGUUUGUGUGUAUAUAAUACGAGAUAUAUAUAUAUAUAUAUAUAGGUUUUGUAACUUUUUUGAAUGAUGUAAAUCUAAAGAUUUCUAUUCCUUUUUUUUCCCCAAAAACAGGGUGGUAAGUAUUUGGAGCCUCCCAGAAUCCUGCUGGCUUUUAUAGAGCACUGAGGGACCUACAAGCCUCACCAUGGAUUUGUCUGUCAUCCUUCUUAGAAUUGCUCAGGCCAGUGGAAAUUUGAAGGGGUCUUUACUGGCCCUGUUCUGAAGAUGCUUGAAUUCUAGGGGUACCUGCUCUCUGGUUGGCCUCUGCCAUGUUCUUCUACUUGAAGAAGUUUUUCUUUCCCUCCUUUCACUUUGCUUGUACCUUCUCUGGUUUUAUGGAGUCAGGAUGCAACUUGCUGAGGGAUCUUCCCACUCCAGUCUUCUUCACAAACAGGAAUGCUUGGGCCAUAUCUCUGAGACUUCUGUGUGGGGAAGGGUCUGGCAGGCUUGGGAUGCUCCCCUUCAAAGGGAAUGGUUUCCUUCUGACCCUGCAAGAUUCCUUCCGGCUCCGCCCACCCCUGGAAUAACAAUGUGAAACCUGAUCUUCAAUCUUGAGUGUCUACAUUACACGGCCGGGUUGGGGGCACAGCUGUUCAAGUUGGCAUUUGGGCAACCUAACGGAAGCACCCAAAUUUAGAAAAAAAACUGGCCCCCAUGCCUGGUCCCUGCGUGCAGUGGUAUGACACUGGGGUGGUUACAUGGUGGGCCACCUACUUCUCUACCUCUUCUGGGAAGUGAAUGGCUCACGGUGGAUCUGCCUUUUGGGGAAGUGAAUUCAAGCAAGUGGUUUGACCAGGGUAGCACCACUGGUACUCCCAGCUCUCCGGCCUGCCGGAUGUAGCGUUGGAGCCUUCAUGCCAAUCAGGGGUGCUACCUACUGGUCUCCAAGCAUCCUGAAUCCUGGGGAGGAGGGGUGUUAACAAAUCCACCUUCCUUGUGUCAGAUUGCGUCCCACCCAGACCUGAACGCAGUUCUCAUUCCUGUAUGGACUGGAGCAGUGUUUGCUUGGGGAGACUGGCAAAGCAUUUGAAGGGACAGGGUUAUAGCUGGGAGCCAACCCAGGAAUUCAGACUCCCCGUCUCUGACCAAGUGGUCCUCCAGGCAUUAUUUAUGGGACCAUUGCUUAUGCUUUUCCUUUAGAACCAGCCUUGAGGAGAAAUGGACAGGCGAGUCUUUCACUCACACUCCAGUCCCCACUGUCCGGCAGGAAAGACAAGGGUGAAUGACAAAUCCACACAAGGGGUGUGUUUGGUGCUCAGAAAAAUGUAUUUAUAUGGUAGCUUUGUCUACAGAUUCUUUCCAAAAGCAAAAUAAAGCACAAUCCGAUAAACAUUUAUGCCUUAAACUUGAAGAGGAGCAUGGCCUCAUUCUGUAGGGGGACAGGUUAUCUGGUUUGCUAGCAAUGUACGACGUAUGUGAUCUUUAAUAAACUUUAUAAAGGAA